UUUGUGCCUUCCCUCUAUCCCCAACUAGCGCAAUAAAACAGGUCUCUCCAGCCGCCCGCCGCGAAUUCCCACGAUCUGAUCGACCAGUCCGUCAGCCUCCCCUUCGCUCUUUCCUCUCAGCGGUGACAGUUACUACGCUUAGCCUACUUUUUUGGGUGCCCGUCGUGUUAUUUUUACGCAAUACGAUACUCUUGCAGAGUCGAGCUACUGGCACGAACAACAGCCUUUGCGAAGCCUCGCCCUAUUUCUGUGAGGCGAAGUAGGCCUAGCGAAGUAAAGUAAGUAGCAAGGCUAACUCCAAUAUCAGGAGAGUCGUAAACUAAAGACAGCGCCCUCUCGUGAAAGACGGAAGUGCCCGUAUGUAUGUAGUAGUGUCCUAGUAGUAAAAAAUGGCGUCCUGCCUGUUGCUCUCCCAAAAAUAAACGGCAACGGCGUCACCGUUUUGAAGUUGGGUCGUAGCUGACACAGAAUCACCACCAUGUUUGGGAAAAAGAAAAAGAAGCCCCAGGUUGAAAUUUCUCAACCGUCGAAUUUCCAACACAGAGUCCAUACAGGCUUUGACUGGGAGAAUGGAGUGUUUGUGGGUCUGCCAGCACAGUGGGCCAGUAUCAUUGAAAGUAGUAAAGGGAGAAGGAGGCCAAUUGUGGACCCAUCUACAAUUACUGUGACUGAUAUUGAACCAUUGAAGACCAUAAUCAGAGGCCAACAGAAUGGGCAUCCUCAAGGCAUCAGUGUGGCGAGGUCAAAUUCACUGCGCCGUGAAAGCCCACCUCCCUAUCGCCGACGGCCGCCUGGCAACGAUUACCCAGCAGUACCCGAGGACGAGAUGAUGCAAAAUGUACCGAGAGGUGAUUAUAACAGACAAGGUCAAGGCUACCCUCCGCACCAUCCCCAGCAGCAGCAACAUCAACAACAGCAUCACCAGUACCCACAACAGCAAGGACCACAUGGGGGCCACCGGGACCACCAAGAUUAUGGAGGUGAUUAUCCACCGCACCAGCGGGACCCACACCAGUCGCGCUACCCUCCCCACCACCCGCACCCACAGCAGGAGCAAGUGGACCCGAGAGCCCGGGGCGGCAACAACAAUUACUACGACAGCUACAACGACAACAUGGACUAUCGCCGCAAUGAUAACGGUCAAGGUACCUUGGAGAAGAGGCCGGUAGGGCACCCCGACUACGACCGGAGGGUGAACAACUCGUACGACAGCUACAACCGCGGUGAUGGUUCUUUCGAACGCGGCGGACCUCAGCCCUCGCGACACAGUCAUUACGACGACCGGUCCAUGCCGCCGCAGGGCAACAACGACCAGUACCGACACAUGGCCAACGGCGCUCCUCAGUCGGGCUCACCUCGCCACCAAAGCAUCCCCCCUGCCCAGCAGGAUCACCCCAACUAUGCAAGCAUUUCCCGAUCACCUGCCGCUCUGCAAUAUGAGAGGUCUCGAGGAGAAGCCCCUCACGGCCAGCACCAAGGGGGACCGGGGGCCCAGGGCUAUCCUCCUCACCAUCCUCACCACCAGCAACCGCCUCAGCCCAGCCCUCGACAGAGCCCCAUGUCUAGUCCUCCCCACUCCCCGAGCCGUGGAGGCCCCUACCCCCAACAGCCUUCCCCGUCCCCCAGGUCCCCUAACAGAACACAGCCACCGCAGGGGCAGGGCCCAGAGCAGCAGCGUUUGUCGCAUGAAGAGUUCCGACGCACGCUGCAGUAUGUGGUGAACCCUGGCGACCCCAGGUACUUCCUGGAGAACUUCAUGAAGAUCGGCGAGGGCUCCACGGGCAUCGUGUGUACUGCCAUGGACCAAUCACGGGGCAAGCUGGUGGCCGUGAAAAAGAUGGAUCUGAGGAGGCAACAGAGGAGAGAACUCUUGUUCAAUGAGGUGGUGGUGAUGCGCGACUACCACCACCCAAACAUCGUGGAGAUGUACAACAGUUACCUGGUGAACGACGAGCUGUGGGUGGUCAUGGAGUUCAUGGAGGGUGGCGCCCUCACGGACAUUGUCACACACAGCAGAAUGGAUGAGGUUCAGAUAGCCACGGUGUGUAAGGCGUGCCUCAAGGCUCUGGCUUUCCUCCACUCACACGGCGUCAUACACAGAGACAUCAAGUCUGACUCCAUCCUCCUCUCUCACGACGGCAAGGUGAAGCUGUCAGACUUUGGUUUCUGUGCCCAAGUGACUCCUGACCUGCCCAAGCGUAAGUCAUUGGUGGGAACCCCGUACUGGAUGGCCCCUGAGGUCAUCUCCAGGUUGCCCUAUGGACCAGAGGUGGACAUCUGGUCCCUGGGCAUUAUGGUGAUAGAAAUGAUUGAUGGAGAGCCACCCUUCUUCAAUGAGCCACCCUUGCAGGCCAUGCGACGGAUUCGAGACAUGCCUCCACCCAAGCUGAAGAACACUCACAGGGUAUCUCCAAGAUUACAAGGCUUCCUUGACCGAAUGCUGGUGCGGGACCACGCCCAGCGAGCGACGGCAGCUGAGCUGAUGCAGCACCCAUUCCUGCGUGAGGCAGGCCCACCAUCCUGCCUUGUGUCCCUCAUGAGAACCACGCGGCACAGUCCGUGCUAGAUGUUGUAAACGCACACAAAAUGUUGCUCACCACGGACUCGACACAUGCACACUGACUGACAGGAUCACCGCCCAUACAGCACUGAGGCAGACUUGUGUUAACUGAAGACUUGACGCCUACCGCCAUUUCAGACUUUACGGGCAGGGCAGGUUAGGGUGGAUUAUACAGGGUGGGUAAGAACUAUCCGUGCUCUGCCCCGAAUUGUUCACUGCUGUUGAGUAAAGUUGUUGUGCUGAGUAUAUAGGCCCGCAAAGCACAAUCGUUUCAAAGCUUCAGUCACACACUACCAUUUGCAUCUUUGCCACCUGAUGAGGACUUCCUUCUCAAGCAAGACCUCGUACUGAAAUUAAAAAGAAUGAGUGAUAACAGGGAACCCCUGUUUUGUGCCUCGCUGUCGUAGAAUUCAAGACAGCGCAAUGUUACAAACUUUGUGUUCUGGUACGACUGACAUCACAGUUCAUAGUUCGCUGUUUUGGCAUUAUGUUACCCCAUUAUUUUGGAAUAUAGAAGAGGAAGUUUCGCACAUCUUACUCUCAACAAAAGUGGCGCCCAGUCGUAUAACUGAGGCUUGAUUAUGCACACUUCAGACUCCUUUGUUUAUUGGAUACACAAAGGUGAAGCAUUUGUGGCUAGUGGUGGUUUGUGUGUGUGAAAGAUCCACCGACUGGGACGUGCGUGUGUCUCUGAUGUCUUAUCUCCUCUUGAGACUUCCAUCAGACGAGGACUGCUGCAUCGACACACGUACGAGCAAGCACGCACACGCUGUGAUUUUGGUCAUUUCGUCUUAAUUGCAAAGAUGCAGUAGAUUUUACUACAACGUGGAGGUUGAUACCAAUGCUCAGUAUAUGUACUUAUUCCUGAAGGGGCGUGUGUUGUUUUCGUAAUCAUUAUUGAUUAUUGUGUCGCAGUUAGCAAGGAAGCCCUGUGUAUGUUAGUUUACUUUUAUAUACAAUAAUGUAAUGACUGUGCACAGUGAGUAGGCCAAGUAAUCAUUUUAUAUGUAACUUUCGGCAUCGCAAGCCAGUGAAACCUCUGUACGUGUUUGUGUGAGCUUGGAUGCUUAUUUGUAGAAAUUGCCAGAAAGUAAGUCUGUAGCACUCCUGCUUUUUCAGUCUUGAUACACUGUGUGGACCGUAAAUUCUGAGGCAUAGAUGCAGAUGCUCUGGUUCCACUGGUCAUGGAGAUCAUCCAACUGAUGAGUUUUGUUUUACUCUCCGAAAGAUCAUCACCACACCACACAGCGGCUUCACUUUGUUGCCAAGUUAUUUUUCUUUCACUUUAUUUUGUAGACUGGUCUAAAUGUCUUGGUGAAUGCCAACUGGGCACAGAUUAUGCAAAGUUCUUCUCUGCAGAAAAUAAAUGAUAAACUGAAGAUUGUCAAACUCAAAGGUAGAGGGGAGUAACCAAACAAUUGAAAAAGAGAUCGACCAGGCUAAUUUUGGCAUUGAUGGUAUGAAAUUGAUAUAAAUAAAACCCACCCUUUUCUAAAAAGAGGUGUCGGUGGUUAGUGUGUACACCUAAAUGUAUGUUACUUUUUUUUAUCAAGAUUUCAAGGCUUCUGCAAGUGUUAAUUUUAACCUGUUUUUUUGUUUGGUUUUCACCAAAAAAUAGCAUGAUUUAUUGUCAUGUAUGCUGGGGUAUGUAAAUACCAAUAACUAGUGGUUGUAUAGAUUUUUUUUUUUCAAGGUUUAUUUAUUUAUGGCAAGAAUAGCUACAAUAUAUAACUUUCCUCUGUGAAGUACAUCUACUACUGUAUCUGUUGGUUGUGACACCGUUUAUUUACUAUAAAGUGUUGUGUGUGAGCAAUUAGAGAUUUGGCCUAGGCAUGUUGGCAUGUACCAAAACUAUGUUGGAGGGAGAGACUUUUGAGCUGGUGGGAGGGGGGGGGGUAAAUUAACUAUUUUUGUUAAAGACAUUUGAAUUUAUUGCUUAGAUGUAAUGAAAUUCAUCUAAAAAAAAAAGUAUUUAUUCAUCUCCAGAUGAAAAUCUUAACUCGCUGUUCUCAGACAGUAGUUGGCACAGAAUGAUAAAGGAAGAACACAAUAUUGUCAUGCUGUUGCUUCAAAAGUCACGGCAUUGAUGUUGCCCUUAUCAAGUGGAAUUUUUGGUGCUGAGUCAUGUGGAAACUCUAAUAAUUGUUUGUGUCUGUAGAAUGGAAAACCAGUAUAGGUCAGUAUUUUGAGAUUUUUUGUUUUUUUUGGGGUUGUUUUUUUUUUUAAAGGAUAGGAGGGGUCGGUCAAGAACCUCAAUGUUGUGGAAAAGAUCUUAAUUUUUCUGUUUAUAAUUUUACAUUGUUUUGUUUUGAUUCUGUUUUUAAUGAAAUGUUCACCAGUUUUGUUCAGAUGAAAUUUGUACAUUAUAUUUUUACUCUGUUG